UGAAACAAGUUAAAGAUAAAAUGGGAAGAAACACAACACAAUGAAAACCAUAUUCCAUAGCAAAUGGUCGAAUCCUAAAACCAUAGCAACGUUUCUUGAGUAAACCGUCGUUAAUUCCUCUCACACUAUUUUGUGUUAAUCAAUCUCAAACACCAAUGCUUUUGAAUCUUGAAAUCAACACACUUUCACUUGUUGCUCCUCCACGUGAAACCAUUUCCAUUCCCAGCAAAACCAGUCAACAACAACCACUGCUUGAUUAUCCCAAUGACCCAGAAGCUCGAUUCAAGAAUUUAAAUCUGCACAAAAAUGCUGAUAAAAGGGUUAACAGUAAUGGGUUUGUUUUGAAGAAAAAGAAUGUGCACACCAAGUGUUCGACGAAAUGUGUAAAUUACAAUGGACGUGUUCUGGCGAUUUUGCAAGCUUUGGAUACCAUUCAUGAUUUGGAUAAGGCACUUGGACCAUGGGAGAAGAGACUUGGCAAAAAGGAAAUGAGUAUUAUAUUGAAGGAGCAAGUUUGUUGGAAGAGGGCUUUGAUGAUUUUUGAGUGGUUUAAGAAAAAGGGUUGUUAUGAAUUGAAUGUGAUUCAUUAUAAUAUAAUGUUUUGGAUUCUAGGGAAGGAGAGGAAGUGGAGAGUUUUGGAGAGCUUGUGGAAUGAAAUGAAUGAAAAUGGGGUUGUGCCAGUGAAUUCGACGUAUGGAACGUUGAUUGAUGUUUAUAGUAAAGGUGGGCUCAUUGAAGAAGCGCUUGCUUGGCUUCUAAGGAUGCAAAGUGAAGGGAUGGAACCGGAUGAGGUUACAAUGGGGGUUGUUGUUCAGUUGUACAAGAGGGCUGGAGAGUUUCAAAAAGCGGAAGAGUUUUUUCUUAGAUGGUCAAGAGGUGAACCUUUGAGAAUAGAGAUUGAUCAUAAUCCAGCUGAUACUCGUCGUCAUGUCUGCAAUGAGGUAUCACAUGUCAAUGUCUGUUUAAACUCACAUACAUAUAAUACCUUGAUUGACACAUAUGGGAAGGCCGGUCAAAUUCGAGUGGUGUAUGAAAUUUUUGCUAGGAUGAUUAAACAAGGUGUAGUGCUGACUACGGUGACGUUUAAUACAAUGAUUCACUUGUAUGGAAAUCAUGGACGCAUACGGGAAGUAAGUUCGUUGUUGAAAAGAAUGGAAGAGCUUCGAUGCCUACCCGACACAAGGACAUAUAAUAUCCUUAUUUCUGUUUUAGUUAAACAUAAUAAUAUCAAUUUGGCAACAAAAUAUUUUGCAAAAAUGAAAGAGGCCUUCCUUGAGCCAGAUGUAGUGAGUUAUCGCACACUUUUGUAUGCAUACUCAACUCGGAAAAUGGUCCAAGAAGCUGAAGAGAUUGUACAGGAGAUGGAUGAAAGAGGUCUUAAGAUCGAUGAAUUCACCCAAUCUGCGUUGACUAGGAUGUAUGUAGAAUCAAAUAUGCUGGAGAAAUCAUGGUUAUGGUUCAUGAGGUUUCACCAAGAUGGGAAUAUCACUUCUUGCUGUUAUUCUGCCAACAUUGAUGCAUAUGGCGAGAAAGGAUACACAUUAGAAGCAGAGAAAGUCUUUAUGUGUUGCAAAGAAAGGAAGAAGCUUAGUGUACUUGUGUUUAAUGUGAUGAUUAAAGCUUAUGGGAUAGGGAACUGCUAUGAUAAAGCAUGUCAACUAUUUGAUUGUAUGAAGAAAUUUGGUGUUGCUGCAAAUGAAUGCAGCUACAGUUCUCUCAUACAUAUUUUGGCCAGUGCCGACAAGCCACAUAUUGCGAAACCUUAUCUGAAUAAAAUGCAGGUGGCAGGAUUGGUGAGUGAUUGCAUCCCAUAUUGUGCUGUGAUAUCAAGUUUUGGAAAGUUAGGCCAAUUGAAUAUGGCGGAAGGAUUAUACAAUGAGAUGAUUGGACAUGAUGUGGAGCCUGAUGCUAUUAUUUUUGGUGCAUUAAUCAAUGCUUUUGCUGAUGUUGCAAAUGUUAAAAAGGCUAACAGUUAUGUAGAUCGAAUGAGGAAGGCAGGUUUCAUAGGGAAUCAAGCCAUACAUAACACUUUGAUGAAGUUGUAUACUAAAUUAGGCUACCUGAAAGAAGCACAAGAAAUAUACACAUUGCUUCAAUCAUCAGAUCAAGGUCCUUCCGUAUUUUCUUCUAAUUGUAUGAUUGAUCUUUAUACCGAGCGACUUAUGGUCGAACAAGCGAAAGAAAUAUUUGAGAGCUUGAAGAAGAACAGCAUUGCAAAUGAGUUUUCAUAUGCAAUGAUGCUAUGUAUGUAUAAGAAAAUUGGAAGAUUGGAUGAAGCCUUUCAAAUUGCAAAAGAGAUGGGAAAACUAGGAUUCUUGACUGAUUUAUUGAGCUAUAACAAUGUGCUUGGCUUGUAUUCAAUGGAUAGGAGGCUAUGGGAAGCUAAAAAGACUUUUAAGGAAAUGAUAGAAUCUGGAAUUCAGCCAGACGAUUUUACAUUCAGAGCUCUUGGACAUCUUUUGCUGAGUUAUGGUGUUUCAAAGCGGAAUAUUGGCAUGCUAGAAGUAAUGGUGAAGAGGAAUGCUCCUCGUGGCUUGCAAGCAUGGAUGAUGGCACUUUCAUGCGUGCUUAAUGGAGAUGAUUACACACACGAAUGGAAGUGGUUACUCGUGGAUGGAGCUACCUAGUCUGGCUUUCCAUGGAGCUGAUUGUUUGCUCAUUUGAUGGCUACAUGGCUGAGGCUAUAAUUGGAGCAUUUCAGUCAUGACAUCUAGAAUCACCACUGGAUUCUGGGAUGUGAACAUGUUUUGACUCAUUUAAUGAGUAUUCAGUGUAGGUUGGCAGUGGAAAUCAGAUUAUUGAGAUCUCUUCAAUUAAUGAACUAUAGGAACUUAUUUUUUCCCUUUACUGCAUUUUGAUGACAGAAGUAAUUUGAUAUUGAGAAUGAAGAUAGGAUUUAGGGAAAAUAUUUAAAUUGCAUAUUUGAUAAAUUUGUCAAAGAUAUAUCCCACCUAAACUCAUCUCUUCGGUUAUUGGAGACAUUGAUGCUACACACUGCCUUCUUUGGUUUCCGGAGAAGAUUUUGCUAUACACCUGCUAGACAAUGCUAAGAUUUUCACAACUUGAUUUCUAUUGUAUAUAUGUAUGCUCAGUUCAGUUAGUUAUGACAGUUAGGUUUGUAAAUUUUCUGUUGAGUCAAUUAUGUGGUAAUCAACUUGUAUGUAAACCUAGUUCUCAAGUAUUGAAUUAAAGAUUCUUGUUUUCUGCAAAAUCAAGUAUAUUUUAUUGUU